UCGAAAAAGAAACUCGAAAUAUCGUCUCCACCUAAGAUCUAUGCCCACAGACCACCUAAACAAAAUAGGUCAACAACUUCCUUAUAUAUCCAGAAACUGUUAGUUCGUUUGUAGUUAAGCGCAAAGCUACACAAUGGGCUAUCUAAGUUGUACCCACCAUGGGUAUCGAAACCCGGAUUUUAGUGUUAUAAGUCCGCAGAGUUACCGCUGUGCCACUGGGUGAGCCCAGAAACCUUGGAUCAGAAGUGCCACACUCUGAUCCACCACGGGUAUCGAAACCCGGAUUUUAGUGUUAUAAGUCCGCAGAGUUACCGCUGUGCCACUGGGUGAGCCCAGAAACCUUGGAUCAGAAGUGCCACAAUCAGAACAACAACCAUGAUGGAAGAUACAUCAGCCAGCUCAACCAAUGAAAAGAAAAAGGAGAUAAAAGAGGAAACAACAAAAACGCCCAGGUUGCUAAGAUACUUAAUCUUAACAUAUCUUCCCUUUUAAAAGAUGACCACACUUCUAUCAUGGAAAGUUACCAAAUCGGCGUAGACAUGGACAACAUUUUAAAUAAAGAAAAAUAAAUAUGAAUAACGAUAACUACUGUUACAGAUCACCUAGAAAAUGGGGAAAGGAAAGAAGUUCAAAGACUACACAGAAGGCUUAUGGAAAAGCUUUAGAUGAAAUUGUUAAAUUUCAAGUCAAAUGUGCCAAAGGAAUAACACACCAAAGAUAUCGUUUGGGACAGAUUUCUCAAAGCCUAAAACAAAUCAAGCAGGUCAAUGAGGAUGACAGCGUAGAGCUACAAGAAUUGAACAGGAAGAUAGCAUGCAGGAAGGAACAAUUACAUGACUUAGAAGAACAAUUACCUAGUAAAAAUGGGCCUUAUCUUCAGGUCAUCCUAGGAAGUGUCAAUGUGUCUCUUCUCAAUAAAGAUGACAGGUUCAAGUAUAAGGAUGAAUAUGAACAGUUUAAGUUGGUUGUGACAACAGUUAUUCUUGUCUUAUCUUGUAUAUGUAUUGCUGUUUAUUACAGAGUUUUUGAUUCCAUACUCCACUUUCUUCUGGUUUGGUACUACCGUACUUUGAUGAUAAAGAUUUGUUUUUGUUUCAGAGUUUUUGAUUCCAUACUCCACUUUCUUCUGGUUUGGUACUACUGUACUUUGACGAUAAGAGAAAGCAUUCUUGUUAUUAAUGGAUCAAGGAUAAAAGGAUGGUGGAGAACUAAUCAUUUCCUCACGACUCUUCAAGCAGGAGUCAUUAUUGUAUGGCCUUCUGGAGCAGUAUACCAGACAUUUCGGAAACAGUUCAUACUUUUCACUCUUUACUCAAGCUUCCUCCAGAUCCUACAGUUUUUCUACCAGAGAGGUUGUCUCUACAGACUACGUGCUUUAGGAAAACGUUACAAUAUGGAUAUAACUAUAGAGGGAUUUCAUUCCUGGAUGUGGAGGGGUCUUAGCUUUCUUUUACCAUUCCUCUACUUUGGCUAUGCAUUCCAACUAUACAAUGCCUACACACUAUACCAACUGAGUAAAAGUCCAGAAUGUGCUGAUAUGUGGCAGGUCCCAGUGACAGCAUUCAGCCACCUAGUGUUGUUUCUUGGAAACGCUAUCACUACUUCUCUAGUUAUCCAGCAGAAGUUGAAAGAAAAUUUUCCAUAUAAAAGGCUAAUCAACACAUAGAUUUAAGUUAUAACAUAUGAGUGAAAUAAAAGGGAAAUCAGAGCUUUAUUUAAGUCAGUGUAUAAUAAAAUUGAGGUCAAGUUCACCUUGAUUUUGUAUACAGAUGUA